GAGAGAGAGAGAGAGAGAGAGAGAGAGAGAGGAAGUGUCAGCUGAGGGAUGAUAACCACAGUGAGACAUCUUGCAAGGGCGGGCCGGGUUCACACACACACACACACACACACACACACACACACACACACACACACACACACACACACACACACACACACACACACACACACACACACACACACACCGUGCACAGUACACACACACGUCCUCUUCUGCAUUUCCUCAUUGCACAUGCUCAAUGUGCUACUAGUUCAGACGUACACAAGACUGACUGCCAGACAGACGGACGGAGAGAAGAAACAAACAAGAGAAGAGAGAGAGGAGAAGAACCACACGUUUACCAGUUCUCUGAAACUUGACUUCUCUAUAGGUGAAAGAAUGUCUCCAUCAGAGUACUAGAACGUCAUUCUGUUCUAGUUCUGUGUUCUACAGUACAGACACAGGUUGUUUUAGAACCCUGGCAUUUCUUCUAGAAGAUAGAUCAUUUUCAGGCACGUUGCUCGGAACCCGAAUGUAACGCCCGUUCUAGAUCUGUAGUGGACCUGACCAACCCGUACAGGAAGUUCAGAUGGACCGACUGCUGCUGUUGUGACGUCUCCUGUGUUCGACCUCGUCUCAUCGAUCUCUACCGGCUCUCGACUCUUCUUUUCUCCGUGAAGAGAAACCUGCUGCUGUUUCUGGUUGGCUGGUCCGUCGCACUGAGAUUGAGGUGAAGUCACUGCCCUUUUCACUAACCGCCGACUUUGAGAGAAACUGUGUGGAUUGUUUCACAACUCUCUGGGCUGCUCAGAGACGGAGAGCAUAGAGAAGUCUGUCUACUGGGACUGUCAAUCAAUCAAUACAUCCGUCAAUCAAACAGUAGACGUGUUGAUCUAUCCAGUGACCGACCUGCAUUGUUCAGUGUGUCCUCUGUGGCCCUCCGUCCAUCCAGACUCCUCCUCUCUCCCACCUCUUCUUGCCCGGGGAAAACGUGAGGUUGAGUGGGAUGGCUGAGGGGCAUGCUGGGCAACACCCCCAGGUGUUCGUGGUGGACAGCCAGGCGAGCUACACCCCCUUGCCCAGCAGGAGGCACUUUAGGUGGGGAGGGAUCGGCCCGAGAGCCCUUCAGCUCCUGGUGGGUCUUGCGCUGGUCGGGAUCGUCAUGGAAGCCGGCUUCAUCGUGCACUUGUACAACAGGACAGGGGCCCUGAUCAAUGUUCAAUCCUUUAUCCAGAGGAGUGGCUCAGCUCAGGGUCUGACUGGAUCUGAAGAGUCCAAUGAGAUUUUAGUCAAGCCUACGAAGAGGAAACUCCCACCUGAGAUCCAACGGAAACCCUCAGCACACUUGAUAGGCUCCUCCCUGUCAGUGGGUGAGGAUAGUGUCGUUCUGUGGGAAUCAGACAAGGGCCUGUCUGCCUUCACAGAUCAGAUGGACUACAAAGAUGGUGGUCCUGGUAGCACAGAGGAAAGGGCAGUGUGGUAUGUCUACUCCAAAGUGCACUUCAGUGUUGAAGACUGCUUUCUGUUCAAACACAAGGUGAUGAGGAUCACCGAGGGUUACAAUAACAAACCACUUGUGUUGAUGAAAGCUAACAGGUUCCAUUGUCCUUCCCAGGAUUCCAGACAGAAAAAGAUUUCUCAUCAGAACCUUCUGAACAGCUACCUGGGCGGAGUCUUUCAUCUGUUGCCUGGAGACAUCAUCUAUGUAACCGUGGACAACAGGACGCUGCUGAGACUUGGAACUGAAGAUAAUUUCAUGGGGGCAUUCAUGAUUUAGGAGACGAUGUGUAUUGACACACACACACACACACACACACACACACACACACACACACACACACACACACACACACACACACACACACACACACACACACACACACACACACACAUUUGUCAAUCAGAUUCGUGUGUCAGUUAUAUGAUUUCAAUGUAACCAAGGUGUGUUAUAGAGAAUCACACUAGAAAACAGACAAUUGGCUUUUUAAAGGUAUUUCAACCUUGAGACAACAUCUGCAGCUAUUACCGUGAAUGCAAUCUCGGCAAAUGGUGGGGAAAAUGCCUUUAAAACAUCCAUUGUCGGCUGUCUAGUGUAGUGUUUCUCAAUCCUGGUCCUGGGGACCCAAAUGGGUACAAAAACAUGCGGAGAGUUGAUUACUUGAACUGUGGGAGUCAACAGCACCAAUCAACA